UUGUUGGUAUUGGCGAUUCAUGGCUCAAAUUUGCUAUUAAAAAAGCUUUUAUUGAGCCAAUUAGAGAUGUAGAAGAUCAGGAAUGGUUUAAAAGCUUAGAUGACAAAUGGAAGGAACUGUGAGGGGGAAAUAGAUCCUAAAGGUGAUAUAUGGGCUGCUCCAUAUCGAUGGGGCUGCAUGGUAAUAGCUUACAAGACAAAUAAAUUUCAAAAGCAUAAGUUGGCUCCUAUAGAGGACUGGGCAGAUCUGUGGAGGCCUGAUCUUGCAGGGAGAAUUUCAAUGGUUGAUUCUCCUAGGGAAGUUGUUGGUGCAGUUUUGAAGUACAUGGGGGCUUCCUACAAUACAAAUGAUAUCAACGCAGAAGUUAAUGGUGGGAGAGAUGCUGUUAAACAUAAUCUGGCUUUGCUAGCCAAACAGGUCCGACUCUUUGAUAGUUCAAUCUCGACCACUCCUGGUCCCAAAAGUGGUGCCACGCCUCCGUCCGCGCUGAUCCACCGCUCGCCGGAGUUCGCUUCCGGUGACUUGAAUGAGCCUCACACUCACGCCAUGGAGAUGCAAAUAGCUAUAGUUCUUGCGCCACGCUGA